AGUUAGUUAGUAGUCUGUGGUGGUCUCUCACAUGUCAUUAGUUGUCGUUAUCGUGUUCGAGAGAGGGUUCUUGAAAUAAGAUAAUAAGAAUACAAAUAUUUCAGAUUUCAUUACUGGCCAAGAGGCAUUAAUAAUUACAAUGCUUACUAGGAAAUGUAUGUCUCGAAUUAUAACCUUUUCUUAUAGAUCGUCUAACUAUGUGACGAAAGCACCUAAACCAGAGAUUCCUAAGAAUCCUCUAAGUUCAACAUACUCUGCAACAGAGCAAAAAUCUAAUGGCAUAGUGUACGACAGGAAGCCAUUCAAGGUGAUGCUGCAAGAAGGCAAGGUGUACCACUGGUGCUUGUGCGGGCGCUCCAAGUCGCAGCCUCUCUGUGACGGUACUCAUAAAGAUGCCUACUUGAAAAUACCACAAAGGCCUAUUCGAUUUACAGUUGAGAAGACUAAGGAAUACUGGUUGUGUAACUGCAAACAGACCAAAAAUAGGCCAUUCUGUGAUGGCACACAUAAGCAGAAAGAUAUCCAAGAGGCUUCAUCAAUCAGAGUAUAAAUAAAAUAGGGCUACACAAACAAAUCAAAUCAGCUAUGUGACUUUGCUAGAGCUAUAUUGUAUAACAUAACAUUAGUCAGCAUAGAAUAAGAUACUUAGAUAGUAAAUGAAAUUAUUGCAUUCAUAA